AUGGAGGCAAAGUUUGUUGUUAAUAUGGGAGACCAAGCUCAAGUGCCCAUUUUGACUUUUUCUGCAUCAAGUCCUUGUCUUACUUCACUUGGGAGCUCUUUCUUUUUCCGACUUACACAAAAUGAUUCAAUCCAAGUGAAAGCCAUAAGUGAUAUUGUACAGAACUUUGGAUGGAGACAAGUUGUUCCCAUCUAUGAAGACACUUCUUAUGGGGAGGGAAUCAUACCGUUUCUAAUCGAUGCCUUGCAAGCAGUUGACGCUCAUGUUCCCUACAGAAGUGUAGUUUCUCAUAUAGCCACUGAUGAUCAAAUUCAAAUUGAGCUUUACAAGUUAAUGACGAGGCAAACUAGAGUCUUCAUUGUUCAUAUGAAUCUUGAUAUGUGCUCUAAGUUAUUUGCCAAGGCAAAAAAGAUUGGAAUGAUGAGUGCAGGUUAUGUUUGGAUCACAACUGGUGGGAUAUAUAAUCGUUUAAAUUCGAUGAGUUAUUCAGACCUAAAUUCCAUGGAAGGUGUAUUAGCUAUGGCAGUCGAACAAGUUGGACAUACAAGCAUUGAAUAUCCAAAUGCGAGUGAUUUCUUCAAGGCAACAAAUCUUGAUGCCCUUAAGGUAUCUCAGUAUGGUCAAAAACUUGUUCGAGCCCUGUCUGGUACUAAAUUUGAAGGUUUAGCUGGAGAUUUCAAUGUCGUAGAAGGGGAGCUUCAGUCAUCAACUUAUAAGAUAAUUAAUGUAAUUGGUGCUACGACCAAGGACAUUGCAUUGUGGACUCCAGAAAAAGGAAUGGUUUCAACAAACACAAGCAAAACCUGUACUAAUUCCAAGUGCAUUUUUGGAACCAUUAAAUGGCCAGGUGAUUCUUUCUCUGUUCCUAAAGGAUGGGAAAUCCCAACUAAUAGAAAGAAGUUGAGAAUAGGAGUUCCUCUCAAGGAUGGUUUCACUGAGUUUGUUAAGAUCACGAAAGAUCCUUACACUAAUACAACGGCUGUCACAGGGUUCUGUAUUGAUGUUUUCCAUGCUGCAGUGAAAUUAUUACCAUAUCAUCUUCCUCAUGAGUUCAUUCCUUAUGAAAAUUCUAGUGGCUCGAUGGCUGGGACUUAUGAUGAUUUGGUCUAUGAAAAAUUUGAUGCUGUUGUUGGAGAUACAACAAUUAGAACAAACAGAUCCUUGUAUGUUGACUUUACAAUGCCAUACACUGAAUCUAAUGUAGGAAUGGUUGUGCCAAUCAGAGACAACAAAAGCAAAAAUGCAUGGAUCUUCAUGAAGCCUUUGACAUGGGGCCUUUGGUUGACAACUUUGUGUUUCUUCAUCUGGGAGAGAGUGGUCAGCAACUCGGCUAGAUUUGUGAUGAUUGUUUGGGUAUUUGUUAUGCUCAUAGUGACACAAAGCUACACAGCUAAUCUAUCAUCCCUAUUAACAGUCCAACAACUCCAGCCCACUGUUUCUGAGUUAAAUGAUCUUUUAAGGAAUGGCGAUAUUGUCGGAUACAGCAAGAAUUCUUUUGUUCGUGAGAUCUUGAUUGGAAUGGGUUUUAAUAAUACCAGGCUCAAGGAAAUUAAUUUGGUGGAAGAUGGUGAUAAAGAACUCACAAAAGGUACUGCGAAGGGUGGUAUUGCUGCUUUUGUUGGUAAUACCCUAGGCUUGGAGGUUUUUAUUGCAAAAUACUGUUCCAAAUACAUCAUGGUUGGACCUAUCUCCAAAACUAAUGGGUUUGCCCACUACUAG